AUUUUAUUUAUUGCCCCAUAUAUAUGCACAAUUCUGUAUAGUUGGUUCAGACGUCGAGAUCGGAAACACAGGAAACAAUUCUAACAGAGACUAAAGACUUCAGAGAGGAUGCAGUUCUUUAUUCUGGCCCUUGUGGCCCUUAGUUUCGCAUCAGCAAUGGGUUCACUGGAUCCAAUGGGUUGGCAACCACCACCACCACCACCACCACCACCCCCACCGUCUGAUCCUAAUACACCUCCAGACAGUCCAAACUACGAAAAACAAGCUCAAGCCGGCGAGAGAGAAAGUAAUGACAAAGGCCGUGGAUUUAGCUUAAGUAUGUCAGGCACGGGUGGGAAGUCGACCGCUAUGGCAUCAUUUGGUCUCAGUGCUCCAUGCGGAUAUUGGGUUAUGGUUAAGACGUGUACGCAUACUUAUGCUGCAUCGAAUGACGUAUAUGGAAUUAAAUUUUGGGAACCAACAAAUGGUGUAUAUAAAGAUCUUAAGUUCCCUUUGAAUAAGGCCAACGACAAGAAACGUGGCUCAUGGGAUGCUUACGGUGUGAUUCUGCGAAAAUAUAUCCCAUUGCCACCUACAUGGAUAAAAAUCUCUAACGAACGACCCAGAAAUAGGUGGCCAAUAGACAACUGGCAGAUUAAAACCGUCAUCUUAUUGGACUCUUGUUUUGGCAAGAUAUACGAGUUUUCAUGCGAUUGUUGCUGGAUGAAAUACCACCAACAGUACUACUACCCUUACAAAGAGGAAAUGUAUACAUGGAUAAAACGCACAUUUCCAUAGUAACAACUGAUUCGAUUCGAUUUUGUUCAUCUACAAUCCAACUGGAAUCAUAUGUAACGUCAUAGACGUUAAAUAAAAAUUAGAACACGAAUCCUUAAAACUGAAUGUGUCUCUCUUUUAUCAGAUUUGGGAUAGUAAACUGAAUUUCAGUUUUGUAAUUGUAAAAUACCCUAUCCAUUUUAGAAAUCGUAAACGUGCUGUGUUCAGACUGUUGUCUCUAAAAUACGACGCACACACGUCAAUGAACAGUCUUCAAUACACAACUUAUUGUAGGACAAACUCUGAGUGCAUGUAAUAUUGGUGUUCUGUGAAACAGGCUUUUUAUAUUUAGUUAAACCAUACUUAGGUA